AUAAAAUAUAAAAGCGCUGUCACACCUCAAAAGACCUGUUUACUCUUCAGUCAUCAUGCCAAAAAAGUAUUACUGCGAUUUUUGCAAGUGUUCUUUCCCUGACAAUGUCACCAAUCGCCAAAACCAUAUUAAUGGAGCAGUGCACAAGGCGAAUCGGAAACUUCAUUACGACUGGUUCAAAGAUCCGGACGAAUAUAUUCACGAACAAGCUAGUAAGCCACCGUGUCGUCGUUAUUUGAUGCAAGGCUAUUGUGAAUAUCAACUCCAGUGUCGAUACAGUCAUAUCACCUACGAUCCGGCAGGUCGACCCAUCUAUCCCCCCGAACUGACAGCUUGGCUGCAGGAACGACAACAAGCCGAUGCCACUGCACGUGCACAGGCGCCAGUGGCAACACCAUCCAUGGACAAGCCAAAAUAUCGUCUACCACGAGGAUGGAAAGUGCGUGAGCUGCCACCGUCAUUGAAGCCGCCACCACCUUCGCCACCGUAUUCAUGGUCUAAUGCAGGUGUCUGGGGUUGA